GCUUUCUCCAAGUGUUGAAAUCUUAGGUAAUGAAUCCAAUCAUCGCACAAAUCAAAGAAGGCACAUGGGGGAGAAAAUGAGAAGUAUGAAGAAACCAUCAGCCACAGCACAGAAUUUUCAUAUUCAAGUAACCACACUGUGAAGAAACCAUAUAGAUGCUCUGAAUGUGGAAAAGGCUUCAGUCAGAAAGGAAACCUUAAGUAUCACCAUAGAAUCCACACAGGAGAGAAGCCAUACAGCUGCUCAGUGUAUGGAAAGCACGACAAUCAGAAGUCCCAUCUUAACAAGCACCAAAUAAUUCACACAGGGGAGAAACCAUACCAGUGUUCAGUGUGUGGAAAGCGCUUCAAUCAAAGCGCACAUCUUGUAAGACAUGAAAGAAUCCACACUGGGGAGAAGCCAUACAAAUGCUCAGUUUGUGGAAAGAACUUCAGUCAAAGCACAAAUCUAACUUAUCAUGAAGCAAUCCACACUGGGGAUAUACCAUAUACUUGCCCCAUGUGCAGAAAAAGCUUCAGUUGGAGCAUGCAUCUUCUUAGACAUGAAAGAAUUCACACAGGGGAAUAAUCAGUGUGUGGAAAGAAUUUCAGUCAAAGAGCAGGUCUUGCUUUCUCUGAAAGAAUCCAUGCUGGGGAGAUACCUCUUGAAUGUUCUGAGUGUGGGAAGAGUUUAAGUGAUAUCACAAGUCUUAUCUCCAAGCAGAAAAUACCCAUGGGGAUGAACUCAUUUUCAUGUUCUGAGUGUGGAAAGGGUUUCUGUCAUAGCACCUGCCUUUCAAUGCAUCAGAGAAUUCACACUGAGGAAAAACCAUAUACAUGCUCCGAGUGUGGAAAGGGCUACAGUUACAGAAUUCACUUGACUAUCCAUCAAAGAGUCCAUACAGGGGGAAAACCAUAUAUGUGCACAGAAUGCAGGAAAAGCUUCAGUCACAACACAAGCCUUAUUUCACAUACAAGAAUUCACACAGGGGAGAAACCUUAUAAAUGCACAGUGUGUGGUAAAAGCUUCACUCAGAGCACAAGCCUUAAUUCACAUAAACAAAUCCACACAGGAGAGAAACCAUUUACAUGCUUUGAGUGUGGAAAGGGCUUCCAUCAAAGCUCACAACUUACUUCCGAUCAAAGAAUCCACACAGGGGAGAAAUCAUUUCAGUGUUCCGAGUUCUGAGUGUGGAAAGAGUUUUAGUCAUAGUACAAGCCUUUCAAAACAUCGAAGAACUCACACUGGGAAAAACUGUAUUAUUGCACCAAGUGCGGAAAUAGCUCCAGUCACAGACCAACCACUUCUUAUUGUCCCAGAAACUAUACAGGGAAGAAAUGGUACUCUUGAUCAGAGCAUGGAACAAGCUUCAUUUAUGGCCAAUUCCUCAUACAUCAGCACAUUCACACAGUGGUAGAUCCUUGGAAUCUUAGCAAUGAUUACAGUAUGGAAAGAUCUUCUGAAGAGCUGGAGCCCUUCAUUCCAGGUGAUUGAUUCCCAGAAGACAGCAUAAACAUCUCUGGUUAAUCAAAUAUUAACAAUCAAAUGGCAGCCUACUCCUGUGAGAUUAUCUGUAUAAAUUCUCAAAUACUGCAACAGAAAAUCACAAUGGAGUUUUAUAAC